AUGAAUUUGCUCGCGCAUUUUUACUAGUUGUUUUUUCCGCCGUCUUUGCUUGUUUGUGGAAGCCGCAUAAAAAAAUCUAUAAAGUUUUGCUAAAAAUUAUUGCAAAUAACUUAUUAAUUUGUGAAAUUAAAGAAAUUAUAUAAAUAAAUACAGUUCUAAUAAACAGUGUUUCGUGCCAAUAGAUCAAUUACUAAACAAACAUAAAAAACAAAGAGCAACAAACAAAAACUUGCAAGAAAAAUAUAUAAAAAAAUCUAAAUUCUAGACACAGAAGACAUUAUCAAAGAAUUAAACUUUAAACAAGAAAAGUGAAAAAGGUGUUUUUUUCUUAAACAUAUUUCUCACAAAAGAAAACUAGAAAAACUAUAACAAAACUUAUCUUCAACUAGAAAGACCACUUGUUUUUAAUUCAUUAUGACAAAAAGAAUGAAAAUGAAACGUGAUAAUCAUGAUGAUGGUCCCCAUUCCGAUAAACGUAGCCGUCGUAAUGACGACCAAGUUCGUGUUUUAAUACCCAGUAAUAUUGCCGGUGCUAUAAUAGGCAAAGGAGGACAACAUAUACAAAAAAUGCGCACACAGUACAAAGCCACUGUGUCUGUCGACGAUUCCCAAGGCCCUGAACGUACUAUAUUAAUAUCGGCCGAAUUAGAUGCCACCAUAUCGAUUAUAACCGAAAUGUUAAAAUACUAUGAAGAGCGUGAUAAUGAAUACGAUGUACGUUUAUUGAUUCAUCAAAGUUUGGCUGGUUGUAUUAUUGGCAAAGGUGGUCAAAAAAUUAAAGAAAUUCGUGAUAAAAUUGGCUGCCGUAUUCUAAAAGUAUUUUCAAAUGUUGCACCCCAAAGUACAGAUCGUGUGGUCCAGACGGUGGGCAAACAAAGUGAAGUUAUUGAUGCCAUACGUGAAGUUAUAACGCUGACUAGAGAAACACCCAUUAAGGGUCCUGUACAUAAUUAUGAUCCCUUGAAUUAUGAUCGCAUAUAUGCCGAUGAAUAUGGCGGUUAUGGCAAUAUACCCGGCAGUAGUCGUCCCUCAAGAGAUGGUCGCCGUGGAGGCGAUAGAGGUGGUGAUUAUGGCCGCAGUGGUGGACGUAAUGACCGCAGCCGCAGCGGUGGCCGUAGUCGGGAUAAUAAUCCUUUUAUAAAUCCUUGGGCCAAUGAUGAUGGUGGUUUUGGCGGUAAUGGCGGUGGUGGUGGUAAUGGAGGUUUUGGUGGCGGUAACUUUGGUGGUGGCGGCAGUGGUUUUGGCGGUGGUAACUUUGGUGGUGGCAAUAAUGGUGGUUUUGGUGGCAAUGGCCCCAUGGGUGGCAAUAACUUUGGCAACAAUGGCGGUUUUGGUGGCAAUCAAGGUGGAGGCGGUGGUUUUGGUAAUAAUGGUUUUGGAGGCGGUUUUGGUGGUGCUGGUAAUCAAGGUGGUUUUGGUGGCAACAUGAAUCAGGGCGGUUUCGGUGGUCCCUCUAACAUGGGCAAUGGCAUGGGUGGUCCUUCUGGUUCCUCUGGCUUUGGUCCUUCGAAUAAUGUUUCCAAUAACAUCACCGGCAAUCUACCCGAAGGUCAUGAUCCCAAAAAUAGCACACAAGUUUCCAUACCUAAAGAUUUGGCUGGUGCUAUCAUUGGCAAGGGUGGCGGCCGCAUUAGACGCAUUCGCAAUGAGUCCGGUGCUUAUAUAACCAUUGAUGAGCCCUUGCCCGGUUCCUCUGAUCGCAUUAUUACCAUCUCCGGUAAUCCCAAGCAAAUACAAAUGGCCCAAUAUUUGCUGCAACAGAGUGUGCACGAUAACCAACGUAAACAUUUUUAAAACAAGCUAUUCCUUAAUAAUAAUAAUAACAACAACAAGAACAACAUCUUUAUAGUUAAGUAAGCUCCACCAAAAUAUCCAACUUUUCCUGUUCAUCGAAGGGCAAAUUAACAAAAGAAAAAAAGCCCUGUUUUAGAAAAAAGAUUAAGUUUUAUCGUAAAACUAUUAGCAAGAAAUGUAUACAACAAUAAUUUGUAUAAUUUUAACAUAAUAAAUAUAAAAAAAUAAUUAUAAUACAACAACAACAACACCACAAUUUAAGUAUAAAUUCUAAACAAUUGUUUUCUCCCCAAAUAUUAUUAAAAAAUUUUUCUUUCCUUAUUUAUGUUUAAGUUAAUUUUAUUUUUAAAAAAUAAUUAGAAUAAUAAUAUGGAGAAUUAUUAUAUUUCUAUUUCAUUGAUAAUUGUAAUGAUUGUAUGUUUGCUAAGUUAAUUGGCAUAAAAAAACAACAAAAACAAAAACAAA